ACAGUACUAUAAAAAGUAUCACUGCUCUGAAUUUGAACUCAAAACAACAACAUCAACAAUCAACCACAACACUGUGUUCUAUUAACUGAUUAGAAACCCUACCACCACCCCAAGUUUAAGAAGAAGGAAGAACUCAUCUUUCGUCCCCAUCUGUCAGACCACAAUGAAGUUCUUGAAUUGGAUGCAAAGCAAGAUCAAUGGAAAACAACCAGCAUCAGUGAGCAGUAAAAAACCUGUUGCGGUUUCCACUAAAAACAAUGUUGUGAUGCAAGAAAGCCGGAAAGAUGAAUUCAGCGAUUGGCCACAUGGGUUACUAGCAAUUGGCACAUUUGGGAACACUGCAGUUAAUAAGGGUGGCCAAGAAUCAUCAUCGUCUUCAAAAAGACAUGGUCAUAGUGACUGCAACAAUAAUCAAAUAAUUGAAGAAGAAAUUAGUCCAUCAUCAUCGUUAUCAGAAGUAUUAGGAGACGGUGAUUUAGAUGAUUUUACACCAGAAGAAGUUGGAAAAUUACAAGAGGAACUAAAAAAGUUAUUGUCCCGUAAACCAAAACCAGCACUUACAGAAGAAGAACAAUGUAGGACAUUAUCAGGAAGACGAGGAGUAAAAUUGUUUAAUCUUCUUCCAUUAGACAAGUUUCUGAACUGCCCGUCGAGUUUAGAAGUUGAGCGUAAAGUUAAUGAUGUUGAUUCUCCAUGUCAACGUGAGCUUCGACGUAGUCUAAGUGUCAUAGCAAACAUGGAAAAGAACCUAAGUCCAGAGCGUACUAAAUCAAUAAAGAAGAAAUCCAUAUCUUUUCUUCUAAAGAAGAUGUUUGUUUGUAGAAGUGGUUUCCCUCCUCCAGCACCUCCAACUUUCAGAGAUUCAAUUCCUGAAUCCCGUAUCGAAAAGCUUUUGAGGGCCAUGAUUAACAAGAACCUAUAUUGUCCGAAAAAUUCUCCUACGACACCAACUGCAAAGAAAUUCUUAGAAAAUGACAACUAUUAUUUGGAAACAGAUAAAGAAAAUGAUGGUAAAGGUGGUGAUGAUGAUGAACAACAACCCAAAGAAAAGAUCAAUGGUGGUUACAAAUGGGACAAGACAGAUGAUGAUUAUAUUGUUCUAGAGAUAUAAAUCAUGCACAUUAUAUGUUACAAGCAAGGGAUGUAUCACAUGGUAGUUUUCUUCAGAAAAUUGUUUGAAGUAAUUCUGAUUAUAAAUGAAAAAAAUUUGCAGAUAUUUAUUUUGACUCAAGUAUUCAAAUUGGAGGUGGAAAUUGAAAGAAAACCAGACCCAAUCAUCAAACCAUUCAUUCAAGGUGGUGAAGAAGUAAUAUGAAUGAUUAUGACGGAGAUUGAGAGGAAAAAUCAGUUGUACAAUUUUUGUUUAGUUUCUGUUUCAUUACAGAGAUUAAAUAUUUUUUUCUUGAUGUUAUUACACCAAGAUUAUUAUUACUACAUCAGAUGAUGGAAUAGUAGCUGCUAUUACCUCAAAUCCUUUUUACAAGGAGAAGAUAGGAAUCCAUCAUGGUGCCCAAAGAUGGUUCCUAAGUAGAGAUUAUAUGAAUAAUACAUUUAAGUUUCACCAUUGGAACUUGUAGAGGGAAUAUAAUUUAUUUAUUUUUACUUUUCUUUUUCCUCAUAUAUUGUAUUAUAAACUUUUAAUUAAAAUU